AUGUCCGCCGAUAUUGAUUUAACAGUAAGUGUUGACAAAGUAUAUCAGUGUUCACAAGUGUUGAUAAAUAUUAUUCACCAGUUCAUCGACGUUAUUUUAGACUGCACAAUUAUUCGAUGUCCUAGUGGUGAAAGAGGCUCUCCAGGGUCUAAUGGAAUACCAGCUGAAUAUGGGAAACCAGGAAUAGACGGUCAUCCUGGUAUUGACGGCUUGUUUUUAGUGGAAAAAAUUGUGUGCCCUCCUUGUGCACCGGGACCACCUGGAGACGAUGGCCUUCAAGGCGAGCAAGGAGAACAAGGUAAACCUGGAAAACCUGGGCUGCCUGGACAGGACGGUUCUAGUGAACCCGGUGGCGUUGGAGCGCAUGGAAACAGAGGCCAGAGUGGACGACCAGGAAAAAAGGGUGUAUCUGGAGAACAAGGAGAGGACGCGGUUCAACUGAUUGGUGUGCCUGGUCCCAAAGGUCGGCGAGGUUUGCCUGGCAUCUCUGGUUCUCGUGGAGACCCAGGUCUUAACGGCAUUCCAGCUCCUCCAAGGCUGGAAGGGCCGCCAGGGCGCUCGGGAGAGCCUGGAGAUUGUGGUGAUUACGGACCUCGUGGAAACACUGGAAGGAGAGGUCCUCCAGGAGACGACGGUGGAUACUGUCAAUGCCCUUCUAGAGACGGUGUGAAUUAA